AUGAGCAGCAAGACUGAGACUGAAGAGGAAGACAACGAUGUCGACGUCGAUGUUGAUGGAUUUGCGUCCCGGACAAGUCAGAAAUCAAAAGCGAAGCAGCUGGACGAUGCUUUUGAUACCGAAAUUGUUGCCGUCGACGACGAGGACGACGAAGAAGAGGAAGAAGACGACGAGGACGACGAGGAGGGAGUGCCCCUCGAUGUCAAUGGCCAACCAUUAGUGAAUGAGUUCGAUCCCGAUUGCCUCUUGACUUUGCCUUUCGAUCUCGAGAACCUAGCUCGACAAAAGGUGGCAGCUAUCUGCGACAGGUACGAGGACAAUGUCGUCCGGCCACAGACCGAGCGGGCAGCCGAAGAGAGGAAAGAGGCACUGGCCAAGGGUCUCGUCACUCCAGAGGUUGCUGCUCACGACGAAGAGCUCGCUCAGAUGGGCUUGGACCCCGAAGAGGUGCGAGACACGAGCAUGGCGGCAGAGUACGCCAUGGAGAUCUUUGACUACAUGGCAAAAUGUGAAGCAAAGACCAUGGCCAACCCGAGCUACAUGGACUUUCAGGGCGAGAUUCAAUGGCACAUGAGAGCCACGCUCGUCGACUGGCUGAUGCAAGUCCAUAUGCGAUAUCACAUGCUUCCCGAGACACUAUGGAUUGCUGUCAACAUCGUCGACCGCUUCCUCUCGGCCCGCGUCGUAUCGCUGGCCAAACUUCAGCUCGUCGGUGUCACGGCGAUGUUUGUGGCAGCGAAGUACGAAGAAAUCCUGGCGCCCAGCGUCGAUGAGUUUGUCUUCAUGACGGAGCGGGGGUACACCCGAGAGGAGAUUCUCAAGGGCGAGCGCAUCAUCCUCUCCACCCUCGACUUCAACGUGUCCGAAUACUGCUCUCCCUACUCGUGGGUUCGCCGGAUCUCCAAGGCUGACGACUACGACAUCAGGACUCGGACACUGUCCAAGUUCUUGAUGGAGGUUGCGCUCUUCGACCACCGAUUCCUGCGCGCCAAGCCAAGCCUGAUUGCCGCUGUAGGCAUGUUCCUCGCCAAGAAGAUGCUUGGAGGUGAAUGGGAUGAUGGCUUCGUCUACUAUUCGACAUACAUCGAAGAGCAGCUCGUGCCGGGCGCCAACCUACUUCUCGAAAAGCUCAUCGACCCCGACUUUGCCAGCAAGUUCGUCUGCAUGAAGUACGCUCACAAAAAAUUCCUCAAGGCAAGCACAUAUGCUGCCGACUGGGCAAAGAGGAACCACGAAGCCCUUCUUCAACAGGCUGCUGCAUACGGGCACCCACAGCAGCAGCAGUCGCAGCCGUAA